AUGAACACCUCUACACUGAACUUCACCACUACUGAAACUCAUUUCUUUGGGUUAAUGAGCAUUCUGGAGAUGUGUGCAUACAGCUUCAGCGUACUGUUUGGUCUUCCUACACAAAUCUAUGUGAUUUAUCUCAUUGUCACUGGAAGCAGAAUCACAUCCGAGUUCUUCAACCUCAAUCUCGCUGUUUGUGAAAUUGCUAACUCCCUGGAUUGUUUUUGUUAUUUACUGGCAUUUUUCUAUUCAAGUCUCUCCAGCUUAAAAAUGUAUUUAUCAGGAAUAGGCAUCACCGGUCGUCCUCUGUUUCAGUGUCUGAUCUGUGUCGAGCGUUACCUGGCUGUGAUUCAUCCUGUAACCUUUCUGAAGUACAAACCUCUCAGAUAUAAAGUCAUCUGUUGCACUGCUGUCUGGAUCAUUUGUAUUGUAUCCUGUUUGUUCUGUGGGUUUAUUAUAGCCUCUCUAGGCCUUGAAGGACAUUCAUAUUUCUUCUUGGUUCAAUUCUUUCUCUUCAUCUCCAUUCAGUUGUUUUGUUGUGUGGCUGUUCUCAGAGCUCUGAAGCAGUCAGGACCAGGAGAGAGAGGGAGAGAGAAAGAGGAGGAAAACCACAUGAAGAGAAGAGCGUUUCAUCUCAUUUUAUUAACUACUGUAAAUAUGGUUAUCAUGUAUGCUCCACUUAUUAUCAAUGGAUUUAUCGCCAUUCUGGCAAAAAAUGUUUUGCAGCCACUUUGGCUUCUUUCUACUAUUUGUUUUUGUCUGCUUGGUUUUGUACAGCCUGCUUUUUAUCUGCAUGGGGCUGGAAAACUCCUUUGCUUCUUUUCCAAAUAA